GGGUAGCGGCGGCGGCGGGGAGGCGGCCAUCUUGAUUCUUGGAUGGCAUGGCCCAGCUCGGAAAGUGCGCGACGACGAGAAAUGUAGUUAUUUCGUUAAUAUAAUAGGUUUAUUAAUACGAUAGACGUUUGUGGUGUGAACGAGGAGUGUCGCGCCCGUCCGCGGGGCUCACGGUUAUUUCGCCGAAGGGCAGUUUCGCCGUACGACAAGACGAAAUGGAUGCGGUUAAGGCGUUCAACGCCGAGCUCUCGUCGUUGUACGAUGUUAAGCCACCAAUAUCCAAGGCCAAGAUGACAUCUCUUACUCGAGGUGCAAUCAAGGCCAUCAAGUUUUACAAGCACGUUGUUCAGAGUGUAGAAAAAUUCAUACAGAAAUGCAAACCGGAGUACAAAGUCCCAGGUCUGUACGUCAUUGAUUCGAUAGUUCGUCAGUCGCGGCACCAGUUUGGGGUUGAGAAGGAUGUUUUUGCUCCAAGGUUUGCUAAAAAUAUGCAAACGACGUUUCUUAAUUUGCUGAAAUGCCCACCUGAGGACAAAAGUAAAGUAAUACGUGUCCUGAACCUCUGGCAGAAGAACGCAGUAUUUCAACCUGAAGUUAUUCAGCCGCUUUUUGAUCUUGCCGACCCUAAUCACCCCAUUCAUAAGGAACAGCCUCCUAACAGUAAUGGCACUCUCAAUGUUACAAAUGCUAGUAAUUUAAGCUCCAUAAGCGCAGUUACAAAAACACCACCUUCAGCAGUCAAAAACACACCAAAAGACCAAAAGAUGUUCCCAUCAUCAAAGUCUAUUGAUCCAGCCUGGUUGGCGCAAACUAAAAUGGAAACUGCGAACAUAGCAAAUGCUAGUAAAAUGAUGGGUCAAGGCGGAACUAAUCAGGUUGAUGCGACGUUGUUAGCUCAACUUCAGCACUUGCAGCAACUGUUACUGAAAAAACAGGAAGCAGCUACUGUUAAUGAGAACCAGUCAUUGGUCAAAUUUGAUAAGAAACUCCUCGACUUCGACUACGAUGAAGAAGAAGAUGACGAUGGGAUCAUGGGUAGUUCACCUGUAGCCAUGCAGUCGAACUUGGGACAACACAAUUCAGGACCAGCUGGUGGGAGCCUCGAAGGAUUGGGAACUCUGCUUACUAAUCCCGAGGUCCUCAAACAGUUGCAGACAUUACAGCAAACUAUGCAGAGUGGCAAUGCUACUGCAACGCAGCACGAAAUGGAGGAAAAACGGCGCAAGUUACAACAAAUGAAACAGCAGGAGGAUGAAUUCGAUAAACACUUAGCACAAACAGUUCCUAGUUUACCGUUUGCCUCCGAAUGUGAAUUGAAGCCCUCCGAUGUUCUUAAGCCAUCGCAGCAAAGUGGAAUUUAUAAUGCUGUAGCAAACAUCAACAUGAAUGCUGCGCUCAUGCAACAAGACAUGAGUCAGCCACCGCCAGGUUAUCCUCCGGCAUUACCUUAUGCUUCCCAGCCUCCGCAGAGCCUGAGAGUCACUCCACAGUCCUCACUUCAAAAUGUGAAAAGUCCCUUGAUUGAUGAGAGGCAGGAUUCCAUGGACUUUCCAAGCUCUGCUCCAACAAGACGGGACAGUAGCAGUGUCGAGAUAGUAAAUUGUGACAACAUAAGGUCACAAAGUGGUUCACCAGACAGGUAUAGGCGACGUAGUCGGUCUAGAUCUCCCCGUCACAGGGAUAGAGACCGGAAUCGUGAGAGGGAUAAAGACAGAAAAUCUCGGUCAAGGAGUAGAUCUAGGCGCAGGAGGUCACGAUCCAGAGAAAGAGAUCGUGAACGAAAACGCGAUGAUAGCCGAGACAAAAUGUCUGAGGAAGAACGGGAAAAACAAAGAGAACGGAGAAAACGAGGCCUUCCACCAAUCGUAAGAGAGAAGCUUAGCGUUUGCAGCACAACGUUAUGGGUUGGUCAUUUGUCGAAAUUGGUUCAUCAGGAAGAACUUUCAGAUACAUUCGGAGAACUGGGGGACAUAGUUAGCAUUGAUCUAAUAUCGCCUAGAGGAUGCGCUUUUAUAUGCAUGAAUAGGAGGCAAGAUGCUUAUCGAGCUCUUACCAAGUUGAAAAGUCACAAAAUGCAGGGAAAAGCUAUAACGCUUGCUUGGGCACCAGGCAAAGGAGUUAAAGGCAAGGAGUGGAAAGAUUACUGGGAAGUUGAGCUUGGCGUCAGUUACAUACCGUGGAAUAAGUUGAACAAUGUAACAGAUCAGGAUCUAGAAUUAUUGGAGGAAGGUGGUAUGAUAGACGAAGAUACACUGCCUCCCAGAUUGAAGGGUAAACUGAAGCAUGCUGUGGCAAACGCAGAAACGCUGCAGCACCAGCUACACCUUCAGCAGCAAACUCUUGCCACUGCAUCUGUAGCGGGGACACCAAUUCCCACAUUAACAGAUGGUAUUGUUAAUGUAAUGUCCUCUGCCGAGAACUCUCAGCAGCAGCAACAGCAACAGCAGAUGGUCGAUACCAGUCAACCACCGCCCAUUAGACCGCCCACCAGUGCAUCUUUGCUCGCCCCCCCUAACUCUCAACUUCAACUGAUGCCUCCAGGCUUUCCCAUCACUGGUGUAACACGUAUGAUAGGUCCCAUGGGACUUCAAAUGACGCAUGGACUGAUGCCCAACGUACCUAUCGGUGUACCUCCACCAAAUAUGCAGGGACUAAUCGGCCCAGGUAUGAUGCAAACCAUGCUGACUCCUCCAGUGAAUUCACCUUUUGGAGCUGGAGUUGGUGUAGGUCUCCUUGCUCAAAUUCCGCUUCCUGCGCCUGCUGCACCUUCUGACAAACCUAGUGCCACAGGCAUGCCGCACAAUGUUCCGCCCAUGGGAGUGCCUCCUCCGACAUCAGAGGCAAAUUUGGCAAAUCUCCCAAUGCUGAGACAGCCGUUCGGUAUCGGUCCACCGCCACCGAUGCAGAUGCAAAUGUCGCAGCAACAUCACUCGGACGAUAUGGAUGUCGAGAUGGAAAUGGAGGACGAAAUACCGCAGAAUACGAUAACCAUGCCGAAAGAAAAGCAGCCGAAUUUGAGUGACCAGCUUCUUGCGGCAAUGGGAAAAGCCCAUCUGACCGAAAAUAGACUAGAAGAUGAUGGUCUCGGCCGAGAAAUGAGAGCCGAAAGGAACAGAGAUAGGGAUCGAGACCGGGAAAGAGAGAGACGAGACAGAGGAGACCGCGAGAGAAGCGAUCGAGACGAGAGCGCUGAUUCCAGACGAGAUCGCGGACGGGGAAGAGACAGGGGACGCGACAGACGAAGAGAUGGUCGAGAGAUGCGUGACAGGGACAGAGAGGAGCGCAGAGAUCGCGGAGAUAGAGACGGCCGGGAAAGUAUAAGGUCAGACGUGUCUAGCGGUCUGCCAAAUCAAAACAAUACUCACGAAAUGGACGGCGGGGGUUCAAAAAAGGACGUGAAACCGAGUCUAGCGGACAGGCUACGGCAAUUGGCUGAUGGCACACUGCCUCUUGACGACAGAAUGGACAGGAAUAACAGGAGCGACAGAAUCGAUCGGGACAGAGGCGAUAGAUCUUACGAAGAUGUCAUUGUCGGUGGUCGCAGACCGGGCGAUUUACCCCCAUCUUUAAUGGAUCUACCCAAAUUUCCCCUGGGACCUCAGGACAGACCCGACUUCGGACCUAGGGGACCCGACUUCAGAGGCGUAUCGCAGGAUCUUAGGGAUUUUCCUCAGCGUGGACCUGGCGACCGGGACAGGCCGGGCUAUGGGGGCAGGGGACCGGUCGGACCGCCGCGGGGACCGAUCGAUGAUUUUACCGAUCCGAGAAUGCAUGUCGGAAGAUUCAAUGAUGACUUCGACAAUAGAAUGGGGCCCAAUGGUCCGAGGGCUGAUGAUUUUAACCCCAGAAUGGGACCCGUUAGGGAUGAUUUUGACCGUCCUGAUAUGCGGGGCCGACAUCCAAUGGAUGAUUAUGAGAGGGAACGCUACGAAUACGAAAUAAGGCAGCGCGAAGCUGGCUUUGAUCCCAGAAUGGCUGACGCUUUCAAUCCCAGAGGUCAUCCUGAUCAUCCGGACUUCGAUCCUAGGCGGAGAGACUUUUUCCCAGGACCCAUGGAUCCGGGCUUUGGACCUCCACCUAUGAUGGGGCCACGGGGACCCCGUGGACCCAUGGGGCCUGAUGGCUUCGGUCCUAGAGGCCCUGGAAUCGGACCGCCACGUGGUCACGGCCCUCCUAUGUUUCACCCACGGGGUAUGGGUCCAAGGGGUAUGAGGCCUGGUAUGAGGCCACCUUUCGGGCCUCGAGGGCCGCCGUUCGACCCCAGAGAAGCAGAUUCCUUCUUCAGGCCACCGUUUGAUGAUCCGCGUGGUCCUCCAGGGCCACAUAUUAGACCACCGUUUGCAGCGCUCGGUCCUCCAGCUGGAGGGCCUGAUGGUCCUUGGAGAAAUCAAGAAAAUGGUCCACCAGGAUCGUGGCCAUUAGACGAGGUGGAGAAUGGUGUUGAACAUGGUGGAGACGUUGGCGAUCUGGAGGAAAAUCACACGAGUCACAGGGACAAUGAGGGAAGAGCAAAGUCUCAGGAUCGUGAGAGUCGUAACAGGAGCAGAAAAUCAAGAUGGGGCAAUGUGAGCCCGCCACCUGCGGAUCAUACGUUCAAUGAGGAAAGAUCAAUAUUCGGCGAAGAGAAUGAUCAUGAGAAACAACCGUCAUCCUCAGCUCCGAUUUUAGAGGAAAUAUUUGAAACAAGCAACGAGAAUUUAAAUGACUUCGAUGAUUUGCCUGAACAUGGUUCUGAGUUAGUCGAAAAUUUGGAAACGUGUGACGCUCCGGAGCACUGCCAUUCUGCAAGUAACCAGAAAGAAAAUGAUAAACAAGAAGUGGUUCACAUAUCUCCUGAAACAGCAAAUGAGUUUGCCAUAGAAUCCAAGAACGAAGAAAUGGAUGGCUUAAACGAAUCUUUUAAUGCACCUGACGAUCAUAUCGAUUCUUACGAACCUGAGGAAAAAGUCUUUGACCCAUCGGACGAACACGUGAAUGUGAAUAUUGAAAGUGUUGAAAACCAGGCUAUGCCUGAAUCCCGAGACGAUCAAAACGAAGCUAAUGAUCAUGUUGCGUCGCCAAAAUCGGAAUCAGAUGAGCUGCUAUAGGAAGUUAAUGAAUGACCAAAAAGUAAAUUUUUAGCUAAAGAAGGAGCCGAAAAAAAUCAAUGCACGAUAAAAAUUAAAUAUAUUGCAGAUUUGAUAUUCAGCUAAGUAUGAAGAGAUUGAAAGAAAGGAGUCUUUGUGAGUGAAAGGAAGUGAAAACAAAAAACCAGAAAGACUAAGAAAAGCGUAUGCAUGCUGUGCAUAUUAAACGCAUACAUAUAUACAUCCAAAAAUAUGUAUAUGUGUAUGUAUAUAUAUAUCUACACAUUGUAUAUAUACAUUGCAUAUAUACUUUACGGUGGUCCUUAUUUGAGGGUUGGACAAAUUUUCUUUGGUCAUGCUCCCAGAUCUGUUCCAAAUCAUUAAAAAAACAUCUGUAAAGUUUUAAGCCUCUACGGCAAUUGGAACACAUGUCUCUAAGCUCUGAAAGUUUUAAACAUAAAAUACAUGUAGUUUUUAUAACCAGGUAUAUCGUUUUGUUUGACUUUGAUAUAAAUUAAGGGACCGAUUUCAAACUUGGCAGUGCUGUUGCAUAUAAUGAUAGAAACAAACCCUGAAAAUUAAAAAAUUUUGUCAUAAUUUUAUAAUAUAUUACUUUUGUUAUAUAAGCUUAAUACCAUCACUUUUAUUAGGUUUAUACAUUAAGGAACAAUAAUUAUAAAAUUGUGGCAUUUUCAGAGUUUGUUCCUAUCAUUAUGAGCAACAACUCUGCCAAGUUUCAAAUCGGUCCCUUAAUUUAGACCAAAGUCAUAAAACACGAAAUACCUGGUUAUAAAAACUAGAUGCAUUUUACAUUUAAACCUUUCAGAGCUUUGAGGCAUGUAAUCCAGUUGUCAUAGAGGCUUAAAACUUUACACAGACUUUUUUUGAAUGAUUUGGAAUAGAUCUGGGGGGCGUCCCAACAAAAAUGAUUCCGACCCCCAAAUAAAAACCACUGUAAUAUACAUAUAUACAUAAAUGCAUUGUGUAUGCGUAUCCAUGUAUAAGAUGAUAGUGAUCAAAGUUAUUUAAUCUAGGAAGUGAAAUACAGAGCGGACUUUCGGACUUUUCUUUUGCGAGCGCCAUACUCCGGAGUGGUGGGGAGCUAUGGGUCCAGUGAGUUUAUUUUUACUACUAAAGUCAUUAGGUAAAGUCGCGAUGAAUAAUGAAACUUGAUGAUGAAUGAUAUCUUAUUCGUUUAGACAAAGCAAAGUUAAUGAUGAUAAUAAUAUUAUUAACAAAUUAAUUAAUGAUUCCAUCAAAGCUCUAAACUUUUAAUGUAUAUACAUUAUACAUACAUACAUACUUGUAGGAUAUACAGACAUAUGUCUGUAUACUGCUGCUUCUUAAUUGAACACUGCUGUGAUAGUGAACACAGGACCUAUCUACUAAGUACCUAUAGGAAAGACAAAAUGAUAGAAAAUUAAAGAGAGAGAGAGAGUAAAUAGUAACAAUAGCAAUAAUAAUAGUCAGAAUUAGUUGUCUUCAAUGAAAAUGAAUUUGAUUUCUUUCACCGCGUUUUUGUUUAAUCAGCAGAGUAGGAUAUAAAUUUUACUUAUUGAUGACUUUUUUUGACCAUCAAUCAGAAUUUAGAUUGCUUUGAAAAGUAGGAAAUUUUUGAUGAAACGCGAUCACCGAUUAAAAAUAUGUGGGUAUAAUUGAAAGUAGUAAAGUAUAACUAGUAAUUUUAUUAUCAGUCAACGAUAGUUUUUCUUAAGUGUCUUUUGUUUCUUUUCUUCUUCUGACACUUCUCAACUUCCAUUCACCUAGCUAUUUCGCCUGCGUAGCAAAAUUUUUUUUUUUUUUUUUUUAAUUUUGUUUUCAGUGAGUAAACUCGUAGGGGUGAAGGGAUAAGAAAAGAAGGAGAAAAUAGAAAUUGUCGAAGUAAAAUUUGUUUUCCAAUGAAUUGUUAGCAGGGAAGGGGGCGGAUACCUUACAGCGUGCGUAUGGUAUCUUGUAUUACUCGUUUAUGUACCGAGCCUGCAAUCAUGUAACGUUAUUAAUUUAUUGAAUUGUACAUACAUACACGCGUAUAUUGACUAAAUAAUUUUAUAUUUUCAUAUAUAGACGAAAUGAAUGAAGAGUAGCAAAUAUAUUCUAUAUAAUUACGUAAAUACAAAUGAAAUAAAUGCUGUGCAGUCAACAGUUGCUCAAGCAUGAUCGUAAUUAUAUUCAAAAAUGAAAUGAAAUGAACUGAAAACGAUAAGUAAUCAAAAAAAAAGAAAAUAAGAAAACAAGAAAAAUAGAUAAAAAAGUAAUAAUAAACAUUUUAUACAAAUCGU